AUGCAAGAGCAACAACGCCACUAGAAUAGGGACGCUCAGCAUCAGCCUUAGGGGUACAGCGACAUGAGUGAGGACGACAAGAGGGACCAAAGUCGAAUGAAUAUCCAGAAAGGCAAUGGCACUAGCAAUAAAACCACAUAGCCUCCCUGGAUGCAGGCAGAAUAAAUUAGCACAUGGGAGAAAAUAGAGAUAAACUUAUAUAAGUUCGUAUCUAUAUUCCCUGUCUUUGUGACUUUCGGGCUCUACAGUUAUCUUGGUAGCUUCUAUGUCGGUUUUUACAUAUAUCCAUGCAUGGCAGGGAAUUUCGACACUCUGAUGGGUAUUCCGAAUUUGUGGAAAGAUUCAGUAGAGAGGGAGGCCGCCUAUAAAAAAGCCACAGUUUUAUUGGGUGUUUUUAGUUUCCUCGCGCUAAUGCUUUGUCUUUCGAUUGUUCAAACUAUCAGAACUUCUCCUGGAAGUAUUCCUGAGGAUAAUGAAUGGGACAUGUAAAGCGAUAGCAUGAUUGAAAAUAGUAGCGAGGAUGAGAGUAUGAUCUCUGAAAGCAAAUAAGAUAAACCAAAUGAUCCUUUGACAAACUUUGGUAUCGAAGAAGACACUGAAGAGCCAAAGGAAGCAGCUCAUUUGGACUAUAAAUAUUUGAAAUCUACUGAGGGUCCCUUGGCAAAGCCAGUGGCAUAAUCAAUAAAAGGUGAGAGUGACGCGGAAAAAGAAAAGCUUUUGAAAGGUAAGAAGAACCCCCCUAGACCAAUAUUCUCAAUUGAAAGGAAGAAAUUUGGAGGCAUUCUAACAAUAAUUGAUUAGCCUGAUCGAUGCCAUCAUUGCUCAUAAUGCAACAAAUGUGUGUUGAAAAUGGAUCAUCACUGUCCCUGGGUUGCAAAUUGUAUCGGAUUUUACAAUUACAAGUACUUCAUCAAUAUGCUUUUCUACACAGCAGUUACUGUAUGGCUGAUUAUCUGGACAGCUUACCCAAUGGUGCAAGAAGUAAUGAGCUCUGAGACCAUUGACUACAGACUUGCCUAUUACAUAAUCACUUCCUACAUACUAGGCACUUCAUUAGCUGUGGUGAUCUCGGCAUUUUUCAGUUUCCAUAUUUAUCUCAUCCUCAAUCAAUACACUACUAUUGAAUUUUGCGAGAAAAAGAGAGAAGAUGACUCAACCUUCAGAAUCUCCCCCUACAAUAUUGGCAAGUUUGGCAAUCUUUAAACUGUUCUUGGAAGUAAUAUGCUUUUAUGGCCAUUUCCAUUCUGUCCAAAUUCUAAAGGAGAAGGACUAAUGUUUGAAGUGAGAUAAGAUUUAAAGAAUUAGUAGAGUUAAUAAGGUUUUUGA